UUGUAAAUUCAUUUAUUGUCUCAGCUAGCUCUUGACUCUUAAAUUCAUUUCAUUCAAUAAAAAAAAAAAAUCUCUUGUUCUUUUCUUGUAUUUUGUGUUCCAGAAAAAAUGGAUAGAGAUCUAGCCGACAACCGCAAACCAUCGUACGCCACCAAUCGAUGUUUGAGUUCGCCGUUAUCUUGUCUCAUCCACACCGAUACAGAGUACACUCGACUCAGUAACCACAACAACAGGAAGCAGACGAGAUCAAGUCCCAAGUUAAGGGAUUUGAUGAGAAGAUUACUAUUGGCUCGAAGUUGCGGGUUAGAGAACCAUACAUCCAAAACGUUAGUGACGUUUCACUACGACGCUGUGAGUUAUUCUCAGAACUUCGACGAUGGUUUUAAUUUCCGCGAUGAUGAUCCUAGAGCUUUUCCAGAUCUCCCAAGUCCCCAUCACUGAUGUAAAUCAUAUAUGCUCUGUUUUUUUUUUUUUUUUUUUUUUUUUUUUAAAUUUUAUCAGUAUCCAGUUUUCGUAUGCACCCGCAAGUUCUGUUUAUUAUAUUUUGUACCAUGUACUCCUGUUUAUUGAGUAUAUAUAUACCUAAUAGUCUUUGUCUAUUACAUAUAUACUCGAUUUAUUUCUUUCUUUUCGUUUUUAGACUCUUCAAUUUUGUUGGGUUUGAUGGUUACUGUUAAGGCAUCUCCACCCACUUUUCGUUGAAAUUCCUUUAGCCUUGUUUGAGAUACCAGUGGGAUAUGCAUAAGCAUAUUGGUUGGAGUAACUCGUUCAAAGCAUGAUAAGGCCAAGGUGAUCCUAAUAUAGCUUACCAAGGAGAUGCAACACCAAAUGGCGCGAUUGAAUUGAACAGUCUUGAUUACACUUGCCGUGUUGGGUGGGCUACUUAUGCUAAAAAAGUUGCUAUAUGGGAUCCUAAAACAGAGAGGCCAACUGAUUUCACGACCAGUUUCACCUUCAAGAUCGAUACGCGUAACGUUUCAGAUUAUGGCCAUGGGUUCGCUUUCUUUCUUGCCCCUGCAGGCAUAGUUGUGCCUCCCAACUCAGCUGGUGGUUUCUUGGGUCUUUUCAAUGAAACCAACGGUUACUCAUCUCGGUUCCCGCUUGUGCAUAUCGAAUUCGAUACGUUUCAUAAUAUACAAUGGGAUCCUGUUGAUAUCAAGUCUCAUGUUGGGAUCAACAAUAACUCGCUUACUUCCUCUAACUUCACUUCUUGGAAUACAAGUUUGCACAGUCAAGAUGUAGGUCAUGCACGGAUAUCAUAUGAUUCUGCUUCAAAAAACUUGAGCAUCUCUUGGACUUACGUAGAAACAACUAAUCCUCGGGAGGGUUCUAGUCUUUUCUACAUCAUUGACCUUGCGAAGGUGCUUCCUGCAGAAGUUACUAUUGGAUUUUCAGGUUCUACAGGAGCAAACAUGGAAGGACAUAGGAUCUUGUCAUGGGAGUUCAAUUCAACCUUGGAUAUACCAGAAGCUGGAGGGAGAACUCCAAACAGGACAGGAAUAAUUGUUGGUGUUUCUGUUUCUGGGGUUUUCUUGUUAACCUCUUUUGUUGUUGCGGUUGCAUUUUGUUGGAAGCAGAAGCAAAGAAAGGAUGAAGCAGGGAAGACUGAAAACUUGACAUCGAUAAAGGAAGAUCUUGAAAGAGGAGCAGGGCCAAGGAGUUUCUUUUAUUAAGAUCUUGCAUCGGCUACAAACAACUUCGUAAAUGACAGAAAGUUGGGUGAAGGAGGGUUUGGAGCAGUUUAUAAAGGAUACUUGAAUGAGUUGGAUAUGAUGGUUGCUGUGAAGAGGUUUUCAGGUGCUUCUAAGCAAGGAAAGAGAGAGUUCAUCACCGAGGUUAAGAUCAUCAGCAGUUUAAGACAUAGAAACCUUGUUCAACUCAUUGGUUGGUGUCAUGAGAAAAAAGAUCUUCUACUGGUGUAUGAGUUCAUGCCAAAUGGUAGCCUUGACUCGCACCUAUUUGGUAAAAAAUCUCAUCUCGCUUGGACUGUUAGGUGCAAGAUAUCUCUCGGUGUAGCCUCUGCUUUGCUUUACCUUCACGAAGAGUGGGAGCAAUGCAUUGUCCACAGGGACAUCAAGACGAGUAAUAUAAUGUUAGACUCCAAUUUCAAUGCCAAGCUAGGUGACUUUGGGUUGGCUCGGUUGAUGGACCACGAGCUAGGUCCCCAGACUACAGGAUUGGCUGGAACUUUUGGUUACAUGGCUCCUGAAUACAUUAGUACCGGAAGAGCGAGCAAAGAAUCUGACGUCUAUAGCUUUGGAGUUGUUUUAUUAGAGAUUGUCACAGGAAAGAAAUCCGUGGAUCCUAGACAAGGAAAAAUUGAGCCUGAAGCAAGUCUUGUAGAGAGGGUAUGGGAUCUGAACGGAAGAGGAGAGCUUGUCUCAGCCAUUGAUCAUCAAAUGGGGAAAGAUUAUGAUAUGAAGCAAGCAGAGUGCCUUAUGGUUGUGGGGUUAUGGUGUGCUCACCCUGAUAUAAACUCUAGGCCUUCGAUAAAGCAAGCAAUCCAAGUAUUGAAUUUCCAAGCACCAUUGCCUAAUCUGCCUCCUAAAAUGCCAGUUGCCACAUAUCAUGUGUCAUCAUCAUCAUCAAGCUCAGGUGGAGUAGCAACAGCAACAUUUUCUAGUGCUCAACUUGGUCGUUGAUCCAAACCUCAAAGUUUGUUCCUAUAAACAAAUCGAGAUCAUCACAUGAUUAUAUAUGCUUUUGUAUCCUUUAUCUAUGUUUCAUAUUUUGUCUUAUUUAUCUCUUCUUGUUUAUUUUGGAUUAUCUUUAAUCUCUUUGCUUCGUUGUCGUUCUUUGCUUACCUUGUUAAAUUAAAAAUUGCUUUUUCUUCUU